AUCCUGUUUGGCGGAGGGAAUGCUAUCUUGAAGGCCAGGAAGGGCGACUUGUAGGGGCUACAGAGGCAGGAGAGUACCAUGGGGAAAUGGGGGUGGUACCUGAGCUGUGGUCCUAAGAAGGUCAAAUGUGUACAGAGGCGAUUCCCCCUGGGGUCACUGGGAGUGUGUGAGUGCACCUCUCUCUCCCAAUGUCCACGCAGCUCCCCCACUCCCAGGGGGGCCCUGAGCCCAGGAAUCCUUCAGAGUGUUGGAAAUAAGCAUAUCCCUAGUUGGGGGCCCUACUCUUCAGUCCUCUGAACCUGGAAACAAAGAGACUGAGGAAGGUACCAGUGGCACUGCUCCCCUCCCCCCAUCUCCCAAGCACACUCGUGCACACACAUACACACUGCACUAGGGCAGAAGCACAGGGACAGGGACAGACCUGCAGGUAGAGACCCUUUCAGAUGUGCUGUCAAUGGGACACGUGCACACUCAGGCGGGCCCACGGAGGUGCACACCUACACACCCCCCAAGGACAAGGCUCCCGGGAAGGUACAUGUACCCUAAUCUUGUUUGUAUAUGCUGUGUGCUGUUGCCUAGCCCACCUACCCAACCACACUUCCAGAUCUUUCCUCGCAUUUCACACCAGGUCCAGGGCCUGCUGUCUGUGACUGUGCCCUUCCUUUCUACCCUUUUCUCCCUUCCCGUGGCUAGACUCCAGGUCAGGCCUGGGGAACUGGAGGAAGUCAGGAUCUCAGUGGCGGGUGUGUGUGUUGGGGGGGGGGGUUCCCAAAGCCAGACAGCAGGGAGGAGGAGUGGGAAAGCACAGCCCACCACCAGAAACCCAACUCAAUUCUCAUCUAUUAAGUGGCUGCUGAGCGCCAGCACCAUGGUGGGCACUCAGGAUGCAGAGAAUGAGACCCUGCCCUCAGGAGCACCCAGUCUAGAUGUGUAAACAACUCACUGGGGUGACCGUGGGAUGGAGUGGGCCAAGUGCUUUAACAGGCCCCCAGAGAGCCCCAAGAAUCAUUUUGACAAAUGACUGGACUGCAAACGUCUUCCUCCCUACCCCCCUAACGUGGUCCCACAGCCCCGCUCCCCAGCCACUUGUCUCUGCCCUUCUGGUUGUCUCCUCCUGGACUGCCUUCUACUCAGAGAUGUCAGUCCUCUUCUUCUCAUCUUAGAACAGGGGAAGGAUGUUAGGGUCCAGGAAGGAGACUUACAGGGGGCCUCGGGGUCAGACUGUGGGGAGAGUCAGAGCUUGGGGUUUCCUGGGCACCCCCCAACCCCUCCAAAGGAGGUAUGAGACUAAUUGUCUGUGAGGGAGGUGGAUGGGUCAAAGAGGACUGGCUCCUCUAGAACCCAGGACUCAAAGAAUCGGGAAGAUGUGAGGGUCCCACCUGUUAAGUGGGAAGAUGAUGUCAGUGGGUCCCUCCCCACUUUCCUGGAACACCUGGAAGGAGUCCUGGCUGGGGACCUGCCUUCGCUGAUGCCUAUCUGUCCUCCCUUGUCUUCCCCAUCCACACCUCCUGUGUCAUGGCCAUCUUUAUGUCUGUCUUUGGACUCUGUUUCUCUGGGUGCCAUCCUAUCCAUCUGUGUCUUCUCUGCCACCCGGGGCCUCCUCCCUUCGUCUCUGGCUCUGAUCCCUCUCUGCCUUUUGGGGUGUCUGUCUCUCUCCACACUUCCCUGUAUUGGUGUUCUGUUUUCUUCUCCUGUCCCCAUGCCUCACUCUGGGUCAUUUCUGCAUUUAUCUUUGGUCCUCGGCUCCCAUCUCGGUCUUAACCUCUUCUCUCCAUGACCCUGUCUGCCUGUCAUCUCUGAUGCUGGCUUCCACCCCUCCAUCCAUCUCUGUGCCGGGUCCUGCCACUCUGUCUCACUCCCAAUCAUCUCGGACCUUGCCCCGCCCAUGUGAGCAGCAGCGUCCCAUCCAGCCCUCUUUCACCAAGUCCCUCUGCCGUGAGUCCCACUGGAAGUGCCUGCUACUCUCGCUGCUCAUGUACGGCUGUCUGGGGGCCGUGGCCUGGUGCCACGUAACCACGGUGACCCGCCUCACCUUCAGCAGCGCCUACCAGGGCAACAGCCUCAUGUACCACGACAGCCCCUGCUCCAACGGCUAUGUCUACAUCCCCCUGGCCUUCCUGCUCAUGCUGUACGCCGUCUACCUGGUGGAGUGUUGGCACUGCCAAGCCCGCCAUGAGCUGCAGCACCGUGUUGAUGUGAGCAGCGUGCGGGAGCGCGUGGGCCGCAUGCAGCAGGCCACGCCCUGUAUCUGGUGGAAGGCCAUCAGCUACCACUAUGUCCGCCGCACCCGCCAGGUCACCCGAUACCGCAAUGGAGACGCCUACACCACCACCCAGGUCUACCAUGAGCGCGUCAACACUCACGUGGCGGAGGCCGAGUUCGACUACGCGCGCUGCGGCGUCCGCGACGUGUCCAAGGCGCUGGUGGGGCUGGAGGGCGCGCCGGCCACGCGCCUGCGCUUCACCAAGUGCUUCAGCUUCGCCAGCGUGGAGGCCGAGAACGCCUACCUGUGCCAGCGCGCGCGCUUCUUCGCCGAGAACGAGGGCCUGGACGACUACAUGGAGGCGCGCGAGGGCAUGCACCUCAAGAACGUGGACUUCCGCGAGUUCAUGGUGGCCUUCCCGGACCCGGCCCGGCCGCCGUGGUACGCCUGCUCGUCGGCCUUCUGGGCCGCGGCGCUGCUCACGCUGUCGUGGCCGCUGCGCGUGCUGGCCGAGUACCGCACGGCCUACGCGCACUACCACGUGGAGAAGCUCUUCGGCCUGGAGGGCCCGGGCUCGGCGAGCAGCGCGGGCGGCGGCCUGAGCCCCAGCGACGAGCUGCUGCCCCCGCUGACGCACCGCCUGCCGCGGGUCAACACGGUGGACAGCACGGAGCUCGAGUGGCACAUCCGCUCCAACCAGCAGCUGGUGCCCAGCUACUCGGAGGCGGUGCUCAUGGACCUGGCGGGGCUGGGGGCGCGCUGCGCGGGGGCGGCG